CCUGAUUGGACCACAUUGCUUACAAAUAAUUUACCUAUCAUAUCAGGCCAACCAACUCUCAACCCAAGAUUCUUCUCGUGAGUGUGUUCCAGGCUGUGUUACUAUGUUUUCAACUUUUUCAACCUUAGAAUUCAGUAACAACAAAGACGCUGAGCCAAGAGCAAAGCGUCGCCAGGUUCUGCGGGCCUGUGAAACCUGCCGCAUCAAGCGCAGCAAGUGCGAUGACAACACACCUUGCUCAACAUGCAUAAGCCGGAACUGGGUCUGCUCCCGCACUCCUGUAAGCGCCAGUGAACCAAAGAGUCUGGCAGCAGCUUUGAUGGAAAUAUCGGCCUUGAAAGAGAAGAUUCGAACGCUGGAAGAAUCACAAUCCCAAGCUAGUGUUGUAACCCCGCCGAGUUCAAAUUUAGACUCACCCUCUAGCCAAUACGCUAUUAUCGAAUGGAAUGAUAUUAUUGAAAACCGGAGAUUUGCGUGGCCCAAAACUCCAGUGCACCACGUCCAAAACAACGAAUGCGACUACUUUGGGACUUUGUCGACUGAAAGAUUCAUUACCCGCAUCAUUAAUCACUGGAAUUCGUACCCACAAAAAUCGCCUUUGUGGGACUUCCUAAAUCUGAAAUCGAUCCCCAUCAAAUGUCGUCAACCUAGAGAUCUUUCCGAGCUGAGCGCGCUUGGUGGUGGUAGUGGGAAUAUCCUCGAAAGUGAAGUGAUUUCAAAAGCCCAGCAGUAUCAAUAUAUUCGACAAUUUUGGCAUUUACAUCAUCCGUCGUUACCAAUUAUUUGUGAAAGAGAUUUCACUGCCCAUUUUGAGUCGUUAUGGAUUCCAGAUUCGGCUGAACCAGUACAACGAUCUCGCGCGCCGUCAUCAUUGGCAGAUAUUAUGAUUGCAAUUUGUGCUUUGGCGAAAGCAUCGGCAUCUAAACAGAUCCUAGGCCAGUCAUCCCUCGGCAACUCACCUAGCGGGCAUAGCCUACGAGAAACCACGGACUAUGCGAUCUCUGUGUGGCACUAUCGCCGCUGUCAACGACUCAUAGACGAUGAACUUGAUAUGCCAACGACGUUUACUGUACAAGCCCAGAUAUUAAUGGCUAUUUAUCUACACAGCACCUCUCGCUUAUCUGCUGCAUAUAAUGUAUUAGGAACAGCCGUGCGAAUCGCCUACAGCCUGGGUCUGCACCGUGACCCUCCUGAGAGUCCCACUCCAGACUGUCUAACUAUAACGAAGGCAGAGCUAUGCAGACGGAUAUGGUGGUCUCUUUAUAUAAUAGACAGUAGGAUAUCGAUGGAGCUAGGUCGACCAAUGCUCGUGGAUCUGGAUAUAUCCGACUGUCGACUACCGGCGGAUGACAUGAAUACGUCUCGCAAUGCGGCCCUGCAGCCAUACACAUCUCCCACUGGAGUGACAUGGCUCAGCUAUAUUGUACAGGCGGCUAAAUUAUGUACCAUUGUGCGGUCAAUUUCAUCAAAUUUAUACGAGGAAAGUUAUAAUACUGGCGGCAUUCCGUCUAAACUGGGUAACCAUGACUCGCAAAUGCCGAGUGAUGAGAUAUCUACAGCCGAACGCUUGGAAAAGAAGCUCAAAAAUCUCGGCGAGUGGGUUCGCGGUCUUCCACAUAGCCUCCAACUACCACGGACCGGCAACGAACCGGCAUUAUCCUCGGAGAUUUCUUCACUGCAAUUGGACCUAUACGCGCCACCCUGGAUGCAGAACCAGAAAAUAUUUCUCGAGCUUGAUUACCAUAAUGCGAUUGUGACGUUGAUUCGACCUAUUGUCACGGUGGGACAACCACAGGGAGAAAAGAGCGAGGCUUUGGAAAAGCUAAUAAAUAAACUGACUGAUCACGCCGUGACAAUCAUUCGAAUUUGCCAUCAAUUUUCCCUAGAAACCGAUAUCCUUGCCGACCAUCCAGAGUUGUCUUCUGUCGUGUGGAGCGCCGCACUUACCCUACUCUAUAGACUAACCACCCAUUCCGCUGGAGUAGAAGAGAACAAAAAGCUUACUCAAACGCUCUCACUCGUGUCAGAAAUUCUUGAGAACGUAGACAGUAUAGAUCCUGUGGCGCUUGCUGCGAUGAUUCGUGUGCGCCGCUUACACCGGCAAGUCAAUGAAUGGACACCCGGCGCGACUCAUUCUCAAUUGGAUUUGCAGGUUAAUCAAGCUGGGCAGUCGCUUCCUCCGGGGAUAGACAUUGAUUCAUUGAUGAUGGCGCCUUCUGCUUCGAUGGUAAGGGAGGCUUUUUCGACCGCUGACCUCUGCGUUGAAGACUGGGACCCUGAAUUUCUGCUUUCUGUACCAAAGCCUAAUUAGAAUUCUUGUGACUAUAUAUGAAUCUCAGGGUAUGCUAAAAGCGAUUCUUAUUCUGGUUUAUACACGUGAAACCGUUUAUGCAUAAAUCCUGUACUUGAAAAGAAAUACAAAACUUCAUCCCUACAUAUUCAACUCUAGAGUGGCUUAGUCGAAAACUCAUUUGCUUUAUGAUCAUAUAUUGUAUGCUUGACGACUUAUCUCUAUUAGUUACAUGAACGAAAUAUUUAC